ACAAAUUCCGCCGACAACAGGUACCCAUUCGCUCCGCCCAUUUUCUCCGCGCCGACUCUUGGUUCACCUCUUCGAUUCCUCGAUUCCUCCUCGAGAGGCGACCCCCCAACCCAUAACCCCCAUUAUGGACAAUCCUAUACCUUCCUCGCAGGAUGGCCUUCUAGCUGCCGCUCUCGACACGUCGUCUUCUGCUCAGCCCGGAGCUCUGCCGGAAGCCCAUCCUACCGCCAGUCUCGAUGUUCAGCUGCCUCCUCAGCUGCAAAUCCCCAAUGAUCCUCUCGAAGACGCCUCAACAGACACCACUAGUGAAGGUAGCCUGAAGCGUCCGCACCCGCACGACGACGCCAGCGACGACUGGCAGACUGUCGAACGCCGCUCGUCCAAAAAAGCCAAGAAGGAGAAGAAGCUUCCCGCGCCGGCAUCCACCAAUUACCCAUCCAUCGCCUUCAACUACAACGCAAAGCUCCAAUCCAAGAUCACCUUGGACUCGAUGCGCAGCUUGAUCUUGUACAUCUUCGCCGAAGGCGUGGCUCCGCAAUGGGUUGCCAUUUCCCAUCGACCACAAUUCCGAAAGAUCGUGGCCCUCAUGGUCCCCGGGCUAGAGGAGGCCAUGUUCAAGCAGGACGUUGAUUUCGCAACCUACAACGACGAUCCCCUCGACCUUGAGCAGAAACCUCGGGUGUUGACCUCUCCCGACGAUUACUAUCCGCGCCUGCUCAAGAAAGAAGAGCUGCCGCCGAUUUUGAGCGACUUCGCCGACAUGUUUCCCCAUCUCUGGCCGGUAAAGACCCCGGGAAACGAGAAGCACGGCACCAUACGGUCGCCUCUCUACACCAUGCUUACCGCGCCGACCGAGAGAACCAAGGAGGAGAAGAACCAGAGAGGGGUGCAGCCGGCCAAGGAGCCGAGAGGUUGGAAAGACGUGCGCACUCGAAUCACAGAAUUCCUGACGAUGCCCGAGGAUUUUCAAGCGAAUGGUUAUGUGCUACAUCCGGCUUGCGUGCCUGCAGAGCGGCGCAGGACGCUCUCCGGCCUAGAAGGCUGGGUCCAUACCAGCGUGGAGAAUUUUGAGGACGGCGAUGUCCCGGAAGAUGAAAUUCAGCAAGGGAGCAUCACGGCCGGUCGAGAGCUCCUCGCCCUCGAUUGCGAAAUGUGCCUGACGGGUCCAGACGAAUACUCUCUGACGAGGAUCAGCUUGGUGAACUGGGAGGGAACCGUCGUCCUCGACGAACUCGUCAAGCCAGACAAGCCGAUCAUUGACUAUGUAACUCGUUUUUCAGGCAUCACGGAACAAAUGCUGGCCCCGGUAACUACGAGCCUGAGGGAUAUCCAGGCCAGGCUGGUCGAGGUCCUCCACUCUCGUACGAUCCUGAUAGGACACUCGUUGGAGUCGGAUCUGAAGGCUUUGCAGCUCACCCACCCUUUCAUCGUCGACACCUCGAUUCUCUACCCACAUAACCGGGGCGCGCCGUUGAAGAACAGCCUCAAGUUCCUCGCACAACGAUUCCUCAAGCGCGAAAUUCAGAAAGGCACCGGCGGGCACGACUCUAUAGAAGACGCAAAGACGUGCCUAGACCUCGUGAAGCAGAAAUGCGAAAAGGGAAAGCAUUGGGGGAGCCACGAGUCGCAAGGCGAAAACCUGUUUCGGCGGUUGACUCGUACGGGAACUUCGUACCGCGCCAACGGCGGCGCCGGGGCCAAAGGAGGUGUUCGUGUCGGGAAGACGAGCGCGAUGGUGGAUUGGGGAGAUCCGAUGAAGGGUGCCGGCGCGGCCUCUACGUUCCCCAUCGGUUGCAAGUCGGACGAAGAGGUGACGGAAGGCGUCCUGCGCGCCGUCAAGGGCGAUCCCGCCGCGGAAGAAAUACCGUCCGGCGGCGUCGACUUCGUCUUCGCCCGGUUCCGCGAGCUGGAGGCCCUGCAGGGCUGGUGGAACGAGAACAGCGACCCGCCGCCGCCGGACCUAGCUGGCCUGUCGCUCGAGGACUGCGUACGGAACCUCACCCAGCGGAUCCGGCGGAUCCACGCGUCGCUACCCCCCUGCACAGCCUUCAUCGUGUUCAGCGGCUCGGGGGACCCGCGGCAGAUGGCGCGGCUGCAGGCGAGCCACGCCCAGUUCAAAAAGGAGUACAACGCGCCGGGCAGCAGGUGGGACGACCUCAGUGUCAAGUGGACGGACAGGGAGGACCAGGCGCUCCGGAAGGCGGUUGGCAUCGCGCGCAACGGCAUCGGGUUCAUCGGCGUCAAAUGACCGUCGCCGCCUCGCACUACGCGCGCGCUGAUUGGCCUAUACCCACGAUUCGCUGCUCGCCAUGACGGGCCGUAGGUAAAGCUACGUGUAUUACUAUAUUUUGGAAAAGGAUUCGGGGAAAAAAA